AUGUCCACCUCCGGGCUUGAUAUAUCCCAACUCUCCGACAGCGAGAGGUCCGCUCUCGAGACGUAUACUGCGGUCACCGGUCAGGAACAUUCGGAAGCCAUUCCUUUGUUGCGCCGCUCACAAUGGAACGUGCAGAUUGCCAUCUCCAAGUUCUUUGACGGCGAAGGGCCGGAUCCCGUCGAAGAAGCCCGCGCUGCUCUCAACUCCCCUCCUCCGCGACCCGCCCGACAGACCCAAAACCUCAUGAGUGAUGACAUUGCUGCGCAGUUUACUCCGACACCCCGUGCUGCUGAGCCAGCUCCCCGGAUAAAUACACAGCCUGAAGACCAGUCGGUCUAUCGCCCGCCUUUUAUACUAGCUCUGCUGUUUACUCCGCUCAACCUCCUCUAUCGACUACUCUACAGCUCCUUCCGCCUAUUCGGUGCCUUGUUUCCCUUUCUUCCGCGCCUCUUUAACACGACGGCGAAUCCUGCUCUUCAAGGCUCCCGGAGAAAUACUAACGGUCGCCGGCCCUUGGGUCCCAAAGACACGGCCGCCCGGUUCAUCCGGGAAUUCGAGGAAGAAUAUGGCACCAACUCGAUCAGUUUCCUCGAGAACGGAUAUAACAUGGCAUUGGAGAAAGCCCACCGGGACCUCAAGUUCCUCCUAGUCGUACUUCUUGCCCCUGAGCAUGAUGAUACGAAUGGCUGGGUCCGAGACACACUUCUGUCUCGCGAAGUGACCGACUUUGUGAAUGACCCACAAAACAACCUACUUGUCUGGGGAGGGAAUGUUCAAGACUCUGAGGCUUAUCAGGUUGCCAACUCCCUCCGCUGCACCAAGUUUCCCUUCGCAGCCGCUUUAGUCCAUACUCCGAACGUUUCCUCGAAUGCGAUGUCGGUUGUGUCGAGGAUAUCGGGAACGACGUCCCCUGCUGAAUUUGUGGAGAAACUUCGAUCGGCCAUUUCGCAGCACAAGGAGCCUCUCGAGCGCAUACGGUCAACCCGGGCAGAACAGCAAGCCUCACGCAGCCUCCGUGAACAGCAGGACUCCGCCUACGAGCGUUCCCUGGCCAUCGACCGCGAGCGGGCGAGACAGAGGCGGGAAGCCGAGGCGGCCCGACAGAGGGAAGAACAAGAGGCGGCCGAACGUCAAGCGGCCGAGGAGAAGCGCAUACAGGAUCUUCAGCAAUGGAAGCAAUGGCGGGCACAAACCAUUCCGGAGGAGCCUGGACCGGACGUCAAGGACGCUGUACGCAUCAGUAUCCGACUGCCUUCUGGCGAGCGUGUCAUCCGCAAGUUUGCGCCUGACGCGUCGCUUGACGAGCUCUACGCUUUUGUUGAAUGUUACGAUAUCCUGAAGGAGCCAACAGAAAAGGCUGCAGAAGCAGUGAAGCCGGAGGGCUUCGAACACCAGUAUGGGUUCCGGCUGGUUUCACCCAUGCCGCGGGUGGUCUACGAAGUGGAAGCUGGGGGAUCAGUGCGGGACAAGAUCGGCCGAGGAGGGAACCUUCUAGUCGAACCGAUCGAUGACGGCAGCGACGAGGAGUCAGAAGAUGAGGCAUAA